AUGCACUACUCCGCGGCUCUCGCUGCCGUUGCAGCCAUCACUCCUCUCGUCAACGCCCAUGGCGCCGGUCUGCCCAACAUCAUUGGCUUGAACCCAAGGGACCUCCGGGCCCGCGACCUACUUUCUCGCACUGGAGCUCGAUUCACCGGAGUUAACGAGCUUCUGCAACCCAAGACUCAGGUCAAGAACAAGGUCGUGGCCCGUCAGGACGACCGCCAGUGUGGUGCGGGUGUCGGCAACUGCCCCGCUGGCCAGUGCUGCUCAGGUGCUGGCUACUGUGGCACAGAAGAUGACUACUGCUACUCUCCUGGAUGCGAUUACGAGCACGGCUCUGGCUGCCCCGAGAACGCCACCCCAGGUGGCACCAACACCUCUUCCAUCGCCCGUACCAAGGUCGGCAAUGUCGAGUACGGUGGCGCUGGUAUCUACGGCUGCACCACGCCCGGCACAGUUGCCAUCACCUACGACGACGGCCCACAAAAGGUCUUCACCAGCCACAUUCUCGAUGUCAUGGCUUCCUACAACGCCAAGGCUACUUUCUUCAUCACUGGAAACAACAUCAACAAGGGACAGAUUGACAUCACUCCCGAGUUCAGCAGUGUUCUCAAGCGCAUGGACUCUGAGGGCCACCAGCUUGCUUCUCACACCUGGACUCACUUGGACCUGAGCGCCGUUUCCCAGCAGGACCGUUACAACCAGAUGAUCAAGAACGAGAUGGCUCUUCGCAACAUCGUCGGCAAGAUCCCCACCUACAUGCGUCCCCCAUACUCCAGCUGCACUGCUGAGUCAGGAUGCGAGAAGGACAUGGCUGACCUCGGUUACCACGUCACAUACUUCAACCUUGAUACCGAUGAUUACGAACACGACAGCACCACCCUCAUCCAAUACUCCAAGGAUGUUUUCCUGGGCAACGUCACCAGCGGUCCCGCCGCCAGCAACCAGUGGCUCGAGAUUGGUCACGAUAUCCAUGAGCAGACUGCCAUGAACCUGACCGAGUACAUGCUCUCCACCCUCACUCAGCUCGGAUACAAGGCUGUUACUGUUGGUGACUGCCUUGGUGACCCCAAGGAGAACUGGUACCGCACUGCUGGUGGUGCCGGCUCUGGCAACGCGCCCAACCCCGCCACUUCUGCCGGUGCUCCCGCUGCCACUGGAACCAAGCAGGUUACCCCUGAUGCUACUUGCGGUGGUACCAAGGGAUACACCUGCUUGGGAUCUACCUUCGGCAACUGCUGCAGCGCUGCCGGAUACUGCGGUACCACUUCGGCCUACUGCGGAACUGGCUGCCAAUCUGGCUUCGGUAACUGCGGCAGCAACGGUGUUGCCCCUACCACCACCACCACUAAGGCUGCUACUCCUACCAAGGCUACUACCUCCAAGGCUCCCGUCGCCUCUGCUGCUGGCAAGGUCUCCACCGAUGGCUCAUGCGGUGGUGCGUCUGGCUUCACCUGCGCUGGCUCAUCCUUCGGUAACUGCUGCUCCCAGUACGGCUGGUGCGGAAGCACUACUGACCACUGCUCCACUGGCUGCAACUCUGCCUUCGGUACCUGCUCUGGCACUGGAGCGUCCGCCACUAAGCAGGCCGCUACUACUACCAGCAAGGCCGCUGCUGCGCCCACCAAGAAGGCAUCUACUGACGGAUCCUGCGCUGGAACCUCUGGCUUCACAUGCUCUGGCUCCUCUUUCGGAAACUGCUGCUCCCAGUACGGUUGGUGCGGAAGCACCACCGGCCACUGCGGUGCUGGCUGCCAGGGUACUUUCGGUACCUGCAACUAA